AUGGAGGAAGACACAGGAGUUAAAGCACCAGUAACACGGCUAAGACGAAGGCUAUCAGUAGAGCAGUCAGAAGAAAGCAAAUCCCCAGCUUUGAACACACCUACCAAGAGAAGGGGUCGGAAGAAACCUGAACUUGAACUUAUUGAUGAAAAUACACCUGAAAGUCCAAAACCACCAAGAACAAGAAAGGCUACUGUGAAAGAGGCAAUUGAAAGUGUAGAAGAAAAACCUUUGACUCCUGCACGGCGUAGCACUAGAAUAAAGUCUAACACAAGUAUUGCAUCUGAGACCACAGUGGCUGUUAAUUCUCCGAGAGCCAAAAGAGCAACCAGAAGGACGUCGCAAAUUGGAAGUGAUAAUGAAGCUCCACCAACACCUGUAAGAGCAACUCGCAGAACACGAAAGGAUUCUACAUCCAGUAUAGAAAAAGUUGAAGUGGCACCGCCUUCAAAACCUCCAAUACAAAUAACAGAAGUCAUUGUUGAAGAACCAGAAACUAAUUCAAGGAAAUCUACGAAUCCUGAAGUAGAAGAUAAGACAAGUGUAUCACCAAAUAGCUUUAGGCGAAGCCCGCGUCUAGUAAACAAACAAAACCAGAGUAUAAAUAAGACUGAAGAUGUUACUGAUCAAUCUAACUCUAAUCAAGAGACACCUAUAGAAAAAACAAAUGAAAUUCCACAAGAGAAUUCAACUCCAUCUGAAUCCUUAGAUACUAAAGAAACAAAACAAGACAGACUAUCAAUAUCAAGUUCAAAAUUAAUAAAAGAUUUAGACACAAAAGGAAACUUAAAGAAAAAUAAAAUCAAUCUAAACAAAAGCACCCCAGUUGUUGUACUACAUAAUGUCGAAAAAAUAAAGAGAAAUCGUACAAAAUCAUGGACAGCAGAAAAAGAAUCAAAUGAAAGCAACUUUUUCAGUGACAAUGAAAGCUUGAAGAACAAAAUCAAGAAAAAUUUAAAAUCUACCUCUAAUUUGAAUGUUUCCGAGUCAAAAGAUGAGCAAAAUAAAAGCUUAAGUUUAAAUAAAUCAAAGAACAGCAAUGAAAUUAAUAAAUCUAUUGUUAAGGAUGCAAAUAAAUCAGUUAAUUCUAAAGAUAUAGAAACAGUUGAAGAUAUUCAAAAUCAAUCAAGAGACAAACAACUUCAAAUCGAGGACAGCACAAGUGUGUUAUAUACAAAUCCAACUGGAGAGAUUAAGACUGUAGUGGUGAUUGAAGAUUCCGAUUCCAACUCAGGCAAAACUAAUGUUCAAGAUAUAAAUGAUAGUGGAGAUCAAUGCGUCCCAGUUAUAGAACAUGCUGAACAAAAUAUUCAAGAGGUCAAUCAAUUUUCAGUUACCCAAGAUCAUAGCAUACGAUUAAAUAAAUCCAAAAAUAGAACUAUCACCGACAAUAGCUGUGAACCAAUGGAUGUAGAUGAGACAAUUCCUGACAGUAUGGUCAUUACUGAUACCGAAACAAAAGCAAAUGAUAAAUCUAGAAAAUCAUUCCCCAGUGAUGUGGAGACAAAUGUAUCUAACAAUGAUAAAGGAAAUAAAUCUCUAAAUAAUGAGAAUAAAAGUGAUCUAAUAUCAACUCACCUGAAGAAUACUUCUGAUGUGAAAUCACCCAAACCUAAAAAUAAAUUAUUAUCAAAGUCAGCCUUUGAUUUAGACGUAACCCAAGAAGAAACCAACAAUAAAAAUAUUUCUCUUAAUUACUUAACAAGCACUCCGCUCCAACAUAAAUCAAUUCAAAAAUUAGCCAUGCAAGUCAACACUUCAAUAAUUGCAUCAAACAAUGAUAGUGCUCUUGUUAUAGAAAAUAUGGAUAAUAAUUCGGAGAAAGCAACCAAUGCUAGUCAUUUAAAUGAAAAUGACUUAUCUAAUAAGGAGAACAAAAAUAUUAUUAAUACUGAAUAUGAAGAAAAAAUGGAUAUAUCUGUUAACAAGGAACCUUCAAAAGAUUCAUCGAGCAAUAAGUUGAAAAAAUUGAAUUUGUCCAAAAAUAAAAAAGCUGAAAAUGAUGAAUCGGGUCAAGAAACUCCAAUAAAAAUAUCCAAGAAUUUAAAAUCAAAAGGUUCAAAGCAGAACAAAAUAACAUCUGAUGAUUCAAAUUCAGAUGAAUCUGACGAUGAAUCAGAAGAAAGUAAUAUGUUAGAUGAUGAAGCCGAAGAUGCCGGAAAUGAUUACCAAUCUGGAGACAGCCAAAAUGAAAGCGAAAGACGAUACGCAGAAGAAAACGAGAUCAUAGAGAAAGGUGAAACUUUGACAUCCGAAAGUGAUGACCUGUCUGAUGAUUCCGAUUAUGAAAAAGAUUCAUUUGUCGUUAGUUCGGAUGAAGAAGAUAACGAACUAUUAGAAGGAACAGAAGAUGAUCUUUCUAUGAGCGACAAUGAGCUUAAAAUGACACCUAAAUCUAAGAAAAAGUAUGAUGAAAGGAAACUGAAAGAACAAAAAAGAGCAUCCAGAGAAAUGUAUGAGUCGCGUCACAAAAUAAUUAAUAAAACCAAAAAGAAAUCCCAACAACAACUUAGCUCUUCCGAGGAAUUGUCUGAAUCAGAAGACGAGUCAGAAAAGCCUAAGAAGAAUAAUAGAAUGCGAUUAGAUUCAAGUAACGAUAGUGAGGACGAAAAUGAGACUGUAUCUCAGAAAAAAACUCCAGUGCUAUCUGAGUCUGUUUGUGAGGAAGCUGCUGAUGAAAAGGAAAUGACCAUAGCUGAAGAGAGUAUGAAAGAAAACGACCCACUGUCUCAAAUUAAACAAGAACCAAAAACACCACUCAAAAAUGCUAAUGAAACAAUUGCUUUCAUAGAUUCUGAAGAUACAAAUAAUGAUAAGAAUGAAUCCACUAAAACUCAAACAGAGCUUCAAGAUCCUCUAGAAGCGAUGGAUGAUGAUGAUGAUGAUUCUUUAAGCAGUGAAAAUCAAGAAAUUAUGCAGAAUUACGAUUCUAUAUUAAAUGACUUAAACAAAUCCAAUAAAAUCAAAACAAAAACAUGUGACAUUUCACUUAAUAUUGAUAAAAAAUCAAAGAAAAAAGAUAAAAAUAGUUUAGUUGAUGAAUUGAAUUUAACACAAGUGAAAUCUAAAAAAAAAGUUAUUAAGAAAAUAGACACAGAAAAUAAAAUAAGCAAGGAGCAAGAUAAUUCAAAGAAUGAUCAAGAUUCUUCUGAUUCUAUUGACUUACAUUUACUAUUCUCUGAAGACAGCAAUGAUAGUGAAAGCAAAAAAAAGAAAAUGGCUGAUAAUGAAGAUAAGUCCACACCUAUAAAGAAAUCUAAAAGUAUCAUAGUUGAAGAAGACAUAAAUGAUCAAUCUGGAAAUGUUUCUCUUAAACAAAGUGGAAAGAAGAAUAAGAAACGUAAAUCUCAAUUAGAAAAGGCUGCUACUGAUACAGAAGAUGAUAAUGUUGGUUUCUUCAUUGACACUGAAGGUACACAUAAUAAUACACUUAAUAAGUCACAUAAAAAGAGUUUGAAAGACAAUAAGGAUUCAAUUAUAGAAAAUGUGGACUCAGAUUCUGAGGAAAUCUCCUCCCAAGAAGAGCCAGCAGAAUUUAAUGCAAGUCCUAAAAAAGAAAUCAAAGAUUCUACUUUAAAUAAGUCACUUAACAAAUCAAUGACUAAAACACCUGGAAGUGCAAAGAAACCAACACCAAAAAAAGUGGAGCAACAUGCUAGUGACAGUUCUGAUUCCGAUGCACCAAUGGAGAUAUCUUUCAAGAAAGAAAAACAAGGAUCCAAAGUUCAAGAAACAAUUGAAGUUUCACAAGAUGAAAAUGAGUCAAAAUUAAACAAAUCAUUAAAUAAGUCUCUUGUCAAAACACCAGUCAGUGAAAAGAAAAAGAAAAUAAAGACACAAUCUACAGAAGACAAUGAACAAAAUAAUGUAUCAUUGAACAUAUCGGUUGUCAAGACACCAAAGAGUGCUAAAAAGUCUCUGGGUCAAGAUGUUGAGGCAAUAGAUCAUUCAAACGAUACCUUCAUAGAAAAAUCAUUCAACAAGUCUAUUGCUAAAACUCCAAUAAGUAAAAAACAGAAGCAAAAUACAUUGAAAAAGAAUGUUGAAGAUGAUGAAAAUGUUGAACUCACCACAUCAAUUUUAAAUACUUCUGUGGGGGCAAAGAAAAAGAAAAAGUCAAUUAGUGAACUACCAGAGAAUAAUUCGGUACAUGAAGAACAAGACAAUCAAUAUGAUAACUUAAGUUUAAUCAAAACUCCCGGUAGCAGCAAAAAAGCAAUAGCAUCAAUCACCAAAUCACCAAAACUAGCUGACAAUGAUUCACAAAGCGAAACAUUGUUCAAUAGAUCUGUCACAAAAACUCCAGGAAGUGAAAGAAAGAAAAACAAAUCUAUCUCAGAAGACUUAGAAAGUCACAAUGUGUUACAAAAAUCUAUGACAAAAACUCCAGGAAGUGAAAGAAAGAAAAACAAAUCUAUCUCAGAAGACUUAGAAAGUCACAAUGUGUUACAAAAAUCUAUGAGAAAAACUCCAGGAAGUGAAAGAAAGAAAAACAAAUCUAUCUCAGAAGACUUAGAAAGUCACAAUGUAUUACAAAAAUCCAUGACAAAAACUCCAGGAAGUGAAAGAAAGAAAAAAAAAUCUAUUUCAGAAGAUUCUAAUGAAAUAGCGCUUAAUAUUUCUACAAUCAAGACGCCAGGCAGUGAAAAGAAAAAUGUUUCCGAUUCCAAAGAAGACCCUGAAAAAGAAUCCAAAAAGCGUAAAAGAAAAUUGUCGCUGACUCCUCAAGUUGAAGAAUCUUCGGUGAUAGUCGAGGAAGUCACAAUACAGGCAAAUAAGAUUGAAGUUGAGGACAGUGACAAUUUGGUGAAAGUUAAUGUACCAAAGAAACAAAAAAGCAAGAAACGAAAGGAAAGAGAAGACGACGAAGGAAAUAAUAUAACAAAGAUAUCAAAACAAAAUUCAUUUGAAAAGGCUCCUAUAUCGCGUCUACCGACAAGUGUAAUAGAACAAUUGGAUGACAAACCACAACCCAAAGUACAGCCAAAGUCUAAGAAGAUGAAAGCAAUAUCAACAACGGAGUUUAUUGUUGAAGAAACUAAGAAACGGAAGGCUAAGCCGUCGAAUUAUUUGGAAGAAAGUGUUUAUCUCGACGAUGAUGAUAUUGAUGAAUGUAAAAAGAAAAAAUCAAAAGGAAAAAUUAUUAAACCCAAAGUGUUACCGUUUGUGCCUACUGCUUCUAUUUCCAAUCAGGGGCCAGCACAGUAG